AUGUUUCUUUUUUAUUUCUCUUUAUAUUUUCUUCCUUUCUUUCUCUUUUUAUUUCUUUCUUCAGACACUCUUUACAUUUGUUUAAUUUCUUUUCCUCUUCGCCUUUAUUUCUUUUGUUCUUUCUUCUUUUUUAUUUAUCUCUUUCGUCUUCAAAUAUUUUGUUUAUCUUUGCUCGUUUCUUACUGUCUUUUUUCUUUGCUUUCUUUCUUCGGAAAUUUAUUUUCCUUCUUGAAUUGCUUUUCAUAUUUAUUUUUCUCUUAUAUUUUUCUUUAUUUUUUCACUUUUCGUCUUCCAUUUUGUAUUAUUCUUUUAAUAUCUUUCUUCUAUCAUCCGGGCAUUUUUCUUUCGUACUUUUUUACUUUAAUUUCUUUUCAUAUUCCACUUUCGUUUUUUGUUGUGUCGUUUUUUUCUUCCGUUCGUCUGUUAAACUUAUAUUUUGUAUUUCAUUAUUAUCUUUCUUUCUUGUCUAACUUUUGUAUCCUUCUUUUCUUCCUUUUUUUUCUUUACUUUCUAAUUAUUCUUUAUAAUCUUUUUUUCUUGUGGCUAAGAUUUAUUUCUCCAAAACUUUUAAUGGAAACAAUUCUUUCCUCUCUUCCCUGCCCAACACCGAUCUGA